AUGGCUGAUCUCAAGGUCCAACUCACAGCGCCAAACGGCAAGACUUACACGCAACCCACGGGCUUGUUUAUAAACAACGAGUUCGUAGCCUCUGGUUCUGGCCAGACAAUUACUUCCACGGACCCAGCUACCGAACAAGACAUCGCGACGGUCCAUGCCGCAACCGCGGAGGACGUCGACAAAGCCGUCCGCGCAGCUCAUGCGGCACUGAACGACCCAAAAUGGAAGAAGCUAGCCACUUCAGACCGAGGAGUCUUGAUGUAUAAGCUGGCAGAGCUUAUUGAAUCUAACCAGGAGUUGCUCGCUACUAUUGAUGCGUGGGACAAUGGCAAGCCAUAUCGAGAUGCAUUGACGGGCGACCUUCCCGAGGCCAUUGGCGUGAUUCGCUACUAUGCCGGCUGGUGCGAUAAAAUCUACGGACAGACCAUUCCCUUGCCCAACAAGCUGGCCUACACGCUCCGCCAGCCUAUUGGCGUCGUGGGCCAGAUUAUCCCCUGGAACUACCCGCUUUCCAUGGCGAGCUGGAAACUGGGCCCGGCACUGGCCUGUGGAAACACAAUCGUGAUCAAGGCAGCCGAGCAAACACCCCUGAGCAUCCUCGUCCUCGCUGACCUCAUCAAGCAGGCCGGGUUCCCGCCGGGUGUGGUGAACGUGAUUAAUGGCUUGGGCAAGGAGGCUGGUGCGGCCUUGGUCCAGCAUCCGCUGGUGGACAAGGUGGCAUUCACGGGAUCUACGGCGACUGCCACCCAGGUGAUGAAGAUGGCCUCAGCAACGCUCAAGAAUAUCACUCUCGAGACGGGCGGCAAGUCCCCACUUGUCGUCUUCGAGGACGCGGACCUCGAAGAGGCUGUGAAGUGGUCCCACAUGGGCAUCAUGUCGAACCAGGGCCAGAUAUGCACGGCGACAUCUCGGAUCCUCGUCCAAAAGGGCAUCUACGACAAAUUCGUGGCCCGCUUCAUCGAGGAAGUCAAGACCACGAGCAAAGUCGGCCAUCAGUGGGAUACCGAAACCUACCAGGGUCCGCAGGUGACCAAGCAGCAGUACGACCGCGUCCUCUCGUACAUCGAGUCCGGCCGCCAAUCAGGCGCGACCGUGGCCACAGGCGGCCAGGCGCUCACCGAAAUCGGCGGCGGGAAGGGAUACUUUAUCGCACCUACGGUUUUCACGCAUGUCAAGCAAGAUAUGCCCAUCUGGCGUGAGGAGAUUUUCGGCCCGGUCGUUGUAAUUUCCGAGUUUGGAGAAGAGGACAAUGCUGUGCGCAUCGCAAACGACACCACUUACGGUCUCGGUGCCGCCGUCUUUACCACCGACUUGGAAAGGGCUCACCGGGUUGCGAGUGAGAUCCAGGCAGGAAUGGUUUGGAUUAACAGUAGUCAGGAUUGCGAUCCGAGGGUGCCUUUUGGCGGAGUAAAGCAGAGCGGAAUUGGCCGAGAGCUCGGCGAGGCGGGGUUGGAGGCGUACUCCCAGAUUAAAGCGAUUCAUAUCAACCUAGGGAAUAGGUUGUCUUGA